ACACUUUACAGGCUUGGAUAGCGGUGCUAGCCAAUUUUCUGUAAUAUUUUAUAAAUUGACUACUUUACUGUUAAGUUUCUUGUGUUAGCUAGACGUAGAAACAUAAAAUUCGCACUUACUUCAGCCAUGAAUAUCGCCAUUCAAGGUAUUCCACGUAAGUGGAGCCUGAAGCAGGUGCGGGAGCAUUUCAUGCACGAUAUCCCUUGUCAAUUCAAGACACUGUUUUUUAACUUCGAAAACAAGUUCAAAAAGACUGUGUUUAUAGAGCUACUAUCUGCUCAGUAUGACCGAGUACAGAUCAUAAGAUUGAUUAACAGGAAUCCGGAUACUAAGCAGUUGCACUUAAAAGCCAUUAUACCAAAAUAUGUGUCUCAAGCACAUGUGGCUGCAAGUGCCAGUGGCAAAGUUAAAGUGAAUAAGAAGGGCGCGCCUAAAAAGCGCCCUGGGGCCGUUGUGACCGGAUCUGAUCAGAUACUGAUAGUAACACACAAGGAGAUAAUGACGGAGUUGCAGUCGAAGUAUACUCGGCUGUAUAACCUCAGCAGAAAAUCGCCGGACAACAAGCUUCUCGAAAAUAUAGCAAGGAUAAUAUUCGAGCGCCUCAAAUCCAUAAUGGAGACGAACCCGGAAGUGUCCACAACUUGCUUCAAAUUGAGCGGAUACUACCGGAAGCUGCAUCCUCACUUCGGGGACUUCCAAAUGGUCCUGUCCACGCUGCACAAGCUGCAAGAUGAACACGGGCUGCCGAGGACCCAAAUUGCAGAGAGUGACCUGAUUGUCGUCAGCUCACAGUUGCACAUGAUUGACAACAUCCCGUACGAUAAAAUUAAAUCGGUGACGGACAAAUACUCUAAUAAGAUCACUAAGAAGAUCUUGGAGCACGUCAGAAAACUAGACACCGAGUCCCAUCAGAUGGACACACCCGAGGACGCCGCGAGGAAGAAAGUUCGUUUAGAACUCAAAAACGUGGCCUUACACUUGCCUUCGGUAAGUACAAACACAAUUGUCAGAAAACUAGACACCGAGUCCCAUCAGAUGGACACCGCCGAGGACGCCGCGAGGAAGAAAGUUCGUUUAGAACUUAAAAACAUGGCGUUACACUUGCCUUCUAUUAUCAAACAAGUCAUCCAAAGACGCCUGACGCCGGAGAAAGCCCCGUUUCAUAGAGUACGGAUCUACGGAGAGCCGUUCCUGCCCUCCAAAGACAUGAUGAUGCCGUUCACACGCCGUUUCAAGGCCGUCCACGUCCAGCGCUCAGAUCGCAUGUACAACUUGAUCAAGAUGAACAUUCCACCCCCUAGUUAUAGCAGCCUUAUGGCCAUGGACGGGAAAAACAUAGGCACCGCCAAGCUGAUGAUCCGUUCCUCCGAAAUACCUCUCUACAAAAUACCGGACACGCUCAUAGCAGAAAUGAAGGCGUACUUCGGCGUCGACCACGACCCGAGCCAAGAUAACUUUGAGGAACAAGGCGAAGAAGCUUAACCCUUUUACUACUAAAGACGUCAACUGACGCGCGCGGCUACAGCCCAAUAUCAACUAGAGAUGCACCGGAUAUCAGGUUACUAUCCGGCAGGAUACCGGAUACAUAGUAACAUUGCUUGAUUUCGGCGUAAACAAAUUGGAUUUAAGAAACAGACACGGUCAUAAAUCAUAAUCGUACUUCUUUAUUAUUUUAAAACAAUUUAAUCAUUCUACUGACUUGCACGCGCACUCAUUUCGAACCUAGAAAUGAGUCCGCGCGAACGUUUACUAGGAAACAGGUCAGACCUGCAGAAUGCGCACCUGAAAAACCGAAAUGUAGGUAUAGUUCCGCUGGUCGAAUAUUAGCCGAUGGUCAGGCCGAAUAUCCGGUAUCCGGUCAAACAACUAUCCGUUGCAUCUCUAAUAUCAACCUUCGUGCAUUGUGACAAGGUUCACGAUUCCGCGCCGCGCACGAUAGACCACGCCGCGGCGUUCAUAGAGUU